GGGCUAUCUGAAUGGCUGGCUAAGCUGUCCGUCAGCUCUGCAGCCAAUCCCGCGUCGGCUUAGAAAUGAAUGUUUGCAGUUUGUCAGUGCAUGUACACUAUGUGGAGCACUGUACUGAGCGGCUCCGAGGCACAGUGCUGAGUCCCCUCUCUAUACCCCAUACACCGCAGGGGGAGGGAGCUCGCACUCACACGACACUCUGACAGACGGGGAGAGAAAGAGGGUCGCUAGUACCAAGAAAAUAGUGCGCAAGGAGGAGUGGGACACGCGAGGUCACUGUCACAUGACAACGGGAUCAAAAUAUAGUUGCCAGUCCGUUCUUCCAUUUGCCUUUCUUGGUGUAUAGUCAUGAAAGGCAGUGCAAGAAAUAAGGACCAUUCUACUGAAGGAGAAGGAGCUGGAAAACGACCAAAGAGAAAGUGCCUGCAAUGGCACCCACUGCUUGCAAACAAAAUCCCUGACUUUUCUGAAGAAGAUGAGGAAGAAGAGGACGAAGAAGAUAUUGAUAAAGUCCAGCUUCUUGAUGGCGAUGGUCUUGAAAAUGAUGAAACAGAAGACAAUGAGACUAGUGAGCAAAGAGCUCGCAGGCCAAUGAAUGCUUUCCUCUUAUUUUGUAAACGUCAUCGCUCUCUAGUGCGUCAGGAACAUCCUCGUCUGGAUAAUCGCGGUGCUACAAAAAUACUGGCAGAUUGGUGGGCCUAUCUCGACCCUAAUGAGAAGCAAAAGUACACAGAUAUGGCUAAAGAGUACAAAGAUGCAUUUAUGAAAGCAAAUCCAGGGUACAAGUGGUGUCCUACAACUAAUAAACCAGUGAAAGCCCUUUCACCUACUGUAACUACCAGGAAAAAACUGUGGGCCUUUAGCUCAGAAACUGUUAAAGAUGCUUCAAGUCCCAAGAAAGUCCCAGAAGAAGAUGAAAUGCCACAGCUUAAUUUUAGUAUUGCAGAUCCCACACAAAUGGGAGGACUGAGUAUGCUGCUUCUUGCUGGUGAACAUGCCUUGACUUCUCACAGGGAUAAUGCUGUGACUGGAAGAAUGGAACAUGUAUUAAGUGACCCUGAGGUUUCUUCAGGUAUUUGUCCUUUAACUGAAUCAGGGUUUCCCCAGGAAAAUAGGAAAUCCUCAUUAUUUCAUUUUGAUGAGGUAUCUUCCAGCACAUCACAUUCAGAUGACCCAGCACCUGCUAAGCAAAGUGAGAAGUCAGCACUUUUUCAGUUUGCUGAGAUAUCUUCAGAUACUUCACAGACACAGAUUCAUUGCGUUGAUCCUGCAAAACGUUGUGGGAAGUCUUCCCUUUUCCAGUUAGCAGAGAUAUCUUCAAGUUCAUCACAUUCUGAUUCAUCUGCAUCAGAAAAGCAGUGUGGGACAUCAGCAUUGUUUCAGCUUGCAGAGAUGUGCGUGGCUUCCGAAGCUGUAAAAAUAGAAAUAUCCAGGAAUGUAGAUACAGAUGAUUUGGUAAGAAAACCUGUUCCCAUGAAGGAAGAAAUAGAAGGCUUGUCAGAGGACCUGAUUUCUAGAAACCUCAAUGAUAGCUCACAUAUCUGUGAGAAAGUAGAAGCCAAUAAUGUUAAAACUAAAAAGCACAAAGCACAUUCCCUAGAACCUAUAGAUGCAGAACAUUUAGGACUUGUGAAACGAGAAAAAAUAAAAAAGAAGAAGAAAAAAAAUAAAUCAGACCAUGAUGCUGCAGAGAAGGCAUCCCCAAAGAAGACCUGUAAAAAAAGGCAAUCGUCGGAGUCUGAUAUUGAAAGUGUCAUGUACACUAUAGAAGCUGUCGCGAAAGGUGACUGGGGUAUUGAGCAAAAUUCCAGUUCUCCAAGCAAGAAGGCACACUUUGCUACUAGCCCUAAAAACAGCAUUUUUGAUUUAAAAUCAACAAAGAAAAAAGUAAAAUCAAAAGAAAAAAAACUGCAGAAGGAUAAAACAUCAGACAGUACCAAAGAGCUGUCAGUGCCAGAACCCAUAAUUACUGCAUCUAUCAUAGAUUCACCCUCCAAGACUCCUGAAAGUUUAAAAUCAGAGCCACUUACUCCUACUGAUGAGCUGCCUCCCAUGUGCUUGCCAGAAAUGCAAGAAAUGCUUAAAACUGAGGACUGUAACAGCAAUAAAAAAACAGAAGCUUGUGGGUCAAGGAAAUCAGAACGGUCUUGUAAAGGUGCUCUUUAUAAGACACUGGUGUCCGAAGGCAUGCUGACAUCACUGCGGGCCAAUGUUGAUAGAGGCAAAAGAAACUCGGGAAAGGGCUGUUUAUCAGACCACGAAGGAUGCUGGAGUGAAGACACUUGGGCAUUUAAUCAGACUGGAGCCACUGGGAGUAAAAAGCUGAAAAAAAUCAAACCAAAGGAAGAGUCAACUCUUGGAUUAGCAAAGCUGGAAGAAGAGUUUGAAAAUAAGUUUAAUAGCCUUCCUCAAUACAGCCCUGUUACGUUUGAUCGGAGAAAUACAUCACUUCCAAGGAAGAAGAAAAAGACCAGCAAUUGUGAAGCUGAGCCACAGAAAGCCUAUAAAGGUGUAUUCCAGCCUCAGAAAAAGAACCUCUUUCACAAAAUUGUAAACAAAUAUAAACACAAAAAGGAAAAACUAAUGAUUUUGGAUAAAGCCAUAUCAGAAGAUAAGAACAGCAGGGAGAACUCACCCAGAGCCAGUAAUUCUGCAUUCAGCAUUCCAGAAUGUACAGCCAUACAGGAGCCUCUGGUAGGAAGCCAGAAAAGAAAAGCAAGAAAAUCGAAGAUAACCCACCUCGUUAGAUCUGUGGAUCGUCAGACGUCAUUAAAAGGACAGAUUUUAGAUGCAAAACCACUGCCUAGCAUUUGUGAAAAGAUCUGCAACAAAGAUGGAACCCGCAGAGGUGAACAAUUAAUCGCUAGAGAAACUGAAGUGGAACAGAAUAAUAGUAUUGCCCAAGACAUGCCUGCUGUGUCUGCAUUUUUUAGUCUUGCUGCUUUGGCCGAGGUAGCUGCAAUGGAAAAUGCUCACAGAAGUCCAAGAGGAGGCCUUUCCCGAGAUGGACAGAAGAAAGAAAUGUCCCAGGCAGCUGUGCUGAUUUCAUGUGCUGAUCAGUAAAGCUUUAUUUUACUGUAAACUGUUUCUCUGUAGUCAGUUCUAAACCCUAAGCCUUUGAAAGGCAAAUGUUAUCCAUGAGAUGGAAGACAUGACCCCGAGACAAGAGUUUGAAAUGGCUAAGGACCUUGAUUUCACUUAAAGCCAUUCAGCUUUGCUUGACACAUGAUUGGCCCCAAAAUGGAAUCAUCAAGUUUGCAUUCUGUUGCGGCUAGAAUUUGGAAUGCAUCAAUGAAGUAAAAGAUGCUGUUUUGUAAUGUGUCUCACUCCAGAAUCUCUCUGAAACAAAACGUGAUACUAGUUUCAUAUAUUACCAACUUAUCAAAAAAAUGAAAAAAAAAAUUAUAUAUAGAAAAACACAAAUGCACUGCACUAGUUAAUAGAGAUUUUCAGUCAUUUUUUACAUGAGGUUUUAAGUUCCAGAUGGUUUCUAUGAUAGUUUAUGCUUAGAUUUAUAUUGUAGAUUCAGUUUUAAAACAUGUUCCAGGAAGUCCUUACUAGCUGGCUAAGAUGUACAGUACCAUUGUUAACGGUUGUUGUGUGCCUAUUCUCAAGUCUUUUUUUUUUCCUUCUGAUUUACUAUACUUAAUUCAUAUAUGUGCACUUUAGAUAAUUAGUCACCCCACCUCAAAAUAACAUUUGGCAAAGUAAGAACAUAACAUAAUUUCCAUCUCACAGCUGUGAAAAUCUAAAAAAAUGUUUUAAUGCUUUAAUAGACUGAAUCUUGAGGCGCCAUGUCUAUGUGGUCCUAGCCUUGCACUGGGUAGUUCAUGGAAGAAAUUGGUUUAUUGUUUAUACUGACCUGUUAAGCCAUCAGAGGUGGUACAUACAUGGAUAACAACAUGCCAAAUGGGCUAUUGUAGGGCUAAUGAAACGACAGUUGCCUGAA